ACACACACACACACACACACACUGUGGUUGAGUGACUGAAAGGUACAAUUAUGUGUGAGAUAUGUCAACAAACUCAUUGAGCUAUCCUUUUUGUUUUGUUAAGGCCAAUUGCAGAAAGCUGCCGAGUUGAAGGAGGACCAAAGUAUUCUUUUGCAUAUACAAGACAAAGACUGUGUGGCUCUGGAGGUGCAGUACCACAAAGGCUGUUAUAAUCAGUACACCAGGUUUUUGAUGAGGCCUGAAAAACCAGAGAAAGACCAGAAUGAGCCCACGUUUGAUGUCAGCUAUAAGAUAUUCUGUGAAAGGAUCAUUCGCCAAAGGCUGCUUGUCAACCAAGAGGUGCUGAGAAUGGGCUGAGGAAGGCCUUCAUUGAACUGGUGAAAGCAAAUGAAGGUCUUGAUGCUUCAAACUACAGACAGGAUAUGUUGAAGAAGAGGCUGGCUCGUGAUUUCCCCCAGCUGGUGUUUCACACCCCCACCAAGCGCAACAUCUGCGAGCUGGUUUUUGCAGAGACCCUGUCAACCGCACACUCGUGGACAUGCUACCUUACCCAUCAGGUGCAGAAACCACACAGUCUAGUGAGUUGAGCCAGACAGACAGCGAGACUGAAAAAGGGACAACAGAGUGCCAAACAACACAAGAGGAUGCAAGGACACUAUAUACAGCAGCGUUGUUCUUAAAAAGACAUCUUAGUGACACUCCUGGCAUGUCAUGCCCAUGGCCUCCAACCUCUGAAAAUUUGAAUGUCACUGAAGCACAAACUGUUGUUCCCCUUGCGCUAUACAAUCUAGUAAACUGGAUUAUAGGCGCCUCUGAGGAGCCAACACUGGAUCAUUUUGUCAACAUUGCUGAUGACUUGCACUUGAAAGUGUUGUCUGUUAGUCAAGACAUUGUGUACCUUGCUUCCAAGGGCCGUAAGCAGACACCUAAGUCCUUGACUUUAGGUUUGACUGUUCGACAUUUAACAGGAUCAUCACGCAUUGUGUCACUGCUUAACAAACUGGGACAUUGUGCAUCAUGGGACACAGUUUUGAGUCUAGACACUAGCCUUGCCCAACUGACACUAGAAGAAGGCGCAGACAAAAUACCAAAGGGAUUCUCAAAGAGGGCACCCACAACACUUGUGUGGGAUAACAUUGACUUUGGGGAGGAGACUCUAUCAGGUCGUGGAACUACUCACCAUACCAAUGGAAUCAUGCUCCAGAGUUUGACCAUCGAGCCUAUGUCCACAGCAAUCAGACAGCCACUAAGGAAGAGAGUUUCCUCAUUCAAAGCGCCCCCCAAAAUGCCUCUAGAACCGUACCAUCAGUCCAAAAGGCAAGGGCCACAGAACUUGCGUCAACAAGUGCAGGCAGCAACAUGCAGAAUGGACACCCACUUUGCUGCACAAACUGAAUUGGCAUAUGUUUUUGUGAAGUCCACAGAUACGGAUAGAUGUGCAAUCCCAAGCUGGACAGGUUUCCAUACACUGCUUCAAGGUGAAAAUACUCUGCAGAAGUCAGCAUUGUAUUAUCUUCCAGUAAUUGAGGCCUCACCAACAGAGAUGGCGGAGAAAGCAGAAGGCAACCUGAGAGACAAAGCGCAGGGCAAAGCUCACACCUGUUGA